GUCAGUGUCGGGCGCAGACCGCAGCAGUGCGGCUUGCUGUUGGAAGUUCAGGCUCGGUUGUCUUUUGGGAGCCAUGGAGAGUGACUUUUAUCUGCGUUACUACGUGGGGCACAAGGGCAAAUUCGGCCACGAGUUCCUGGAGUUUGAGUUCCGACCGGAUGGGAAGUUAAGAUAUGCCAACAACAGCAAUUACAAGAAUGAUGUCAUGAUCAGAAAAGAGGCUUAUGUACAUAAAAGCGUGAUGGAGGAACUGAAGAGAAUAAUCGAUGACAGUGAAAUUACCAAAGAGGAUGAUGCAUUGUGGCCUCCUCCUGACCGAGUGGGCCGGCAGGAGCUUGAAAUCGUCAUUGGAGAUGAACACAUUUCUUUUACAACAUCAAAAAUUGGUUCCCUUAUUGAUGUCAAUCAAUCCAAGGAUCCAGAAGGCUUACGAGUAUUUUAUUAUCUUGUCCAGGACCUGAAGUGUUUGGUCUUCAGUCUUAUUGGAUUACACUUCAAGAUUAAACCAAUCUAGACUGAAUAUUGGUGUGGACAUGGGGGAGUGGGUGGGAGUAGAAAAUUUUGUGUAUAUCAGGGCAGUAUUUUUUUAUAAACUAUAAAUGAUUGUCUUUAAUAAAUAAGUGAUAA